UGUUUGCUGUCAGUACAUCUGGAAGACGCACUACUGGUGUUUAAACCUGCGAACGACUUGUUCUUUUCCGUUUUAGUCACUCUUCGCAGGUGUCAGUUAAAUAACUGGUUGGCAUUUUAAGUCAAAUAAGGAGAUGGCAGCCGACUGGGAAGAAAUUCGGCGCCUGGCAGCAGACUUUCAAAGAGCCCAGUUUGCAGAAACUGUGCAGAGGUUGUCUGAAAGAAAUUGUAUCGAAAUUGUUUCCAAGCUUGUGGAAGACAAGAAGCUCGAUGUGGUGCAUACUCUGGACGGAAAGGAGUACAUCACUCCGGCUCAGAUCGGCAGAGAGAUCCGAGAUGAGCUGUAUUUGCACGGAGGGCGGAUCAACAUUGUGGAUCUCCAGAAAAUCAUUAAUGUUGAUUUGACCCAUGUGGAAACUCAAGCCGUGGACAUAGCAAGGACAGACAGAAGCAUCCAGUUCAUUCUUGGACAGCUGAUUGAUGAAAACUACCUGGACCGGCUUGCUGAGGAGGUGAAUGACAAACUGCAGGAAGCUGGCCAGAUUAGUAUUGCAGAACUAUGUAAAACUUAUGACCUUCCUGGAGAUUUCUUAACUGAGGAGUUUUCCCAGAGGCUGGGCCGAAUAAUCCAAGGGCAGGUGGACCAGUACAACAGAGGCAUGCUCUUCACACAGGCCUAUAUUAACAGACACAGAGCACGGAUAUGUGGACUCUUUAGCGCUAUAACCAGGCCAACACCCAUCAGUCAGUUGAUAACUCUCUACGGCUUUCAAGAACAUCUUCUGUACUCCGUGUUAGAGGAGCUAGUAAACAGCGGGCGUCUUAAAGGCACGGUUGUGGGGGGCAGGCAAGACAAAGCUGUCUACAUCCCUGACAUCUACUCCAAAACACAAAACACAUGGGUGGACUCCUUCCUCAAGCAAAAUGGAUAUUUAGAGUUUGAAGCUUUGACCAGACUGGGUAUCCCCGAUCCAGUGGCUUACAUUAAGAAGCGGUACAAGUCCAGUAAACUGCUCUUUCUCAAAGCUGCGUGUGUGGGACAGACCAUAGUGGACCAGGUGGAAGCCUCUGUAGAGGAGGCAGUGAACUCAGCCACAUGGACUGACGUACAGCCGAUUCUACCCAGCUGUCUGUCCGGUGAGGACGUUGGAAUCCUGAUUAACCAGGUGAUGAGAACCACCAACGUGCAGUCGUCUGCGCGGCUGCUGGGGGGCACGGUGGUGAUCAGCGAGAAGUUCAUCAGCAGCUGUCUGAGUCUGUUCGAUGAGACCAUGCAGAAGAAGGCAGAGAAGGAGGUGAAGAACAACCCCGUGUUCCUGAUAACGGAGGAGGAUGUGAAGCAGACGUCCGCGCUGGCUGAAAACACGGGCUCCUCUAAAAAGGACAAGAGGGAAGAACGGCGGAAAAAGGCCUCAGAGGGCAGCGGGAGCGUGAAGGGAGGCGGAGGAGGCAACGCCAGGGAGAUCAGGAUCCGAAAGACCAAGAAAAAGGGCAGGAGAGAGGAGGACAGCGACGACGAAGCGGGAUCCGCUCCGCAAAGUCGUAACAAACAGGCGGAGGUGCCCUUUUUGUCCGUGGAGGAGAUAAUGGCAGCGUUGGAGGAGAAGGUUUGCGACUGCUCCGAGGAGAUGUUGCUGGAGCUUGCAGAGGAGUUAGUGCGGCCUUUGACAAAAACGUACCAGGAAGUAGUCCGGACAACCUUUAUGUCUUCCAUGUCGUCCGGAUCUGGCGCCAGCAGGAAGCGGAACGCUAAGGAUCUUCAGGAGGAGAUGACUAACCUGUACAACAACAUCCGACUCUUUGAAAAGGGAACAAAGCUCUUUUCAGAUGAAACGCAGGUGAACAUUGCCAAGCACGUGUUGAGGACGGUUUGCACGGACGUGAUGAAUAUCUUCGUGAACUUUGUGGCAGCUGAGCACAUGAUGGCUGUAGAGGACCCCAGCACCAUCACCAACGAGGUCAGAGUAAAGAUCCUGGGCAAGUUACCUGAUGAGAUCAAGAGUCCACUCAUGAAACUUCAUAAUACUUUGAAUGGAAAGAGCAUUGAAGAAUUUUUGACCAAUUUGGAGAUGUCCGUAGAAGAAUGUGGACUCAUGCUGAAGAGAGGAGAUAAGAAACGAGAGAGGCAGGCUCUGUUCGUGCACAGACAGGCCCUGAUGGAGCAGCUGAAGAUGACUGAGGAUCCAGCCAUGGUUCUCCACCUGACCAGUGUGCUGCUCUUCCAGGCCACCACCCACUGCAUGCUCCACGCCCCCGGCCGCUGUGUGCCCCAGAUCAUAGGCACGCUCGUGGGCAAGAUCUCAGAGGAUCAACACAAGCUGCUGUCUCACUACCAGAGUCUGGUGGUCAAACAGCUUGUGGGUCAGAACCAGGGCAAGAAGCAGGAGCAAGGAGAGGAGGAGGAGAAUCAGGAGAAAGAGGAGAGGGAGACCAUUCAGAAGGAGCUCCACAGCCUUACCAACCAGGUCAAAGACCUCGUCCUGUCUCAGAAAAAGACCUCCGUGGCAGAAGAGUGAAAACACCACCUGUCUCCAAUGUAGAAUCGAUAGAAUUGAUGAGCUCCAGUGGCGGAAUCGGAUUGUGCUGUCUAACUGACACUGCUACCCUGUUUUGUCUCCCUGUGUGUUUUUUUAAUUUUCCAUCUGUGAUGAGAAAUCUAUGAUCUACGCUCAAUUCCUUUGUGGGAAACAUCAAUAAAAAAAAUCCUCAGAGAGGUGAAUAACGUAUGGUUUACGAUGCA